GGAUACACACCACUGCACAUAUCUGCCCAGUUUGGCCACAAAGAAUUGUUCAAAUUGCUGAUUGAAGUAUAUAAAGCUGAUCCCAACAUAAGGGACUACAGCGGCAGGACGGCGGAAUAUUAUCUUCUGGUGAAGGAGCAUAAACAAGGACCCGGGAUAACACUACGCAAAAUCAAAGGCAGAAAGAAACAGACAGAUAAAGAUUUGGGGUUUCUGAGAAUCGGAUCUCUCAACGUUCGUGUGAAAAAGACGACGGAAGCUUUCAGCAACUUCCUGGGAGUUGGUGGCGGAACCAUUAGUCCCCUGGAUACUAUGCAUGAGAAAGUUCAUAAAGGAUGGGGAUCUGCAGACAACGUCAACAAGGAAACCACCAAUGGGAUAACGAAAGGCUACAGCUCUAAGAAGAAAAGCCGAAGGACCUAUGAAUCUGGAAGAAAUAGCACCCCCAGUACACCCAAGACUCCUAACAGAAGCUUCAGUUCAUUCCAAAACAAUGAUUCAGAUUCAGACACAGCAGCGGGAUUCGACUCCAACUGGAAGAAUUAACUGUUGGAAAAUUUUUUGUUUCAAACCUGUUAACAUUGGUUCAGAUAAAAUUUUGGCGGUGAUUCUGUAGAUGCUAAUGCUCCCAACAUCGACAAUUCAAUUUGGAGGUUGCAAUCAUCACAUAUUUUUAAGAUAAUUUAUUUGUAACUUAUCCAUUACGUAGUUAGUUGUGGGUAUGGUAUUUUGUUCGUUCAAUAAAGUUUAAAAAAAAACAAAUUUCCAGACUGUUUGCGGGUA